CAUGCGGUUCAACCCGGACGCGACGGUCUGGAUCGCCAAGCAGCGGAUCCUGUGUACGCUCAAUCAGACCCUGAAGGACGUCCUGAACUACGGCCUCUUCCAGCCGGCGAGCAACGGGAGGGACGGCAAGUUCCUGGACGAAGAGCGCCUCCUCCGAGAAUACCCACAGCCAAUCAGCAAGGGCGUCCCCUGCCUGGAGUUUCGCUACAAGAGCAGAGUCUACAGGCAGCCCAACAUCGACGAGAAGCAGAUCGCCAAACUUCAUACAAAGGCCAACCUGAGGAGGUUCAUGGACUUGAUUCAGCAGAACCAGGUGGACAAAGUGGGGAAGCUGUUGGAGCGAGGCCUCGACCCAAACUACCACGACGGGGAAACUGGAGGUGAGGCUGCAGGCUGGACACAAACAGAAAGAAACACUGGUGGAAAACCUUCUGCUUAUCAGAGGGUAAUAAAUGGUUCUGGUUCUGGAGGGAAACCCAGACCCAGAAAAACCUCCUCAUCCUAGAAACGUUUGAU